GUUAUGCCAAACGGGUCGCAGGAAAGGAAGGAUGCUCUGAAGGCACACCGUAAAAGAAGAGACAGAGGAACAGAGACGAAGGAGACAGGGAGAGUGAGGGAUUAUCAGCCAUGUCGCUGGUGGACUACGCAUCCUCAUCAGAUGAAGAAGAAGAAGCUGAAGCAGAAGAACAAGAACCCAAAGUUUCUGCUUCUGAACAACCUCCAGAAACAGAUACAGUUGUUGCAGACGAUGUAAAACGACGCCGUCCUGAGGCUACAGUUAGUCAAAUUCCAGCUCCAAGUUCUACUGAAGAUCACAACAACAGGAGAUCAGGGUCAAGUGUAAAUCAGAGAGGGGAAGAAGUUCCAGAACGGUUGGAGACUCCGCUGCUUGUACUCCCUGAUGCUUCUCUUCUCUUAAAUUCACCUGCUUUGCCAUCUCACAUGGGCAAUCAUAGCGAUCAUUCUUCCAGAGUUGCAGCUGCAAUGGCGGAAAGUGAGUCUAGAAAGAGAGACUUAAAUGGUUCAUCGUCAUCUAAUCAUACUCGAAAUAAAGUACCAAGAGGGAACCUGCCCAGUUCGAGAAGAGUUCCAGAUACAGUAGGUGGUCAUUUGCUGCCACCUCAACUUGCCGGAAGGAGCAACAUUGUAACUGAAGACAUGACCAAGCUUUUCGUCAAAAAGCAUGUCAACUCCUCAUCUGAAUAGAAUUUUGCCAAUUUUAAUUUUGAUUCAGGAUGUAAAAUUUGUAGCAUGUUAGAGAAUAGUUAUUACACUUCAGUGCAUGUCACAUUAACCUUCAAGAGAUGUAAGAUUGCAUAUUUGGAGACCUUGAUAGAAUUGAUGAAUGUGUUGUUUCACUUACCAUAUUUGGGUGACAUAAGCUCACUUAACUGUUUUGACUUUAAUGGAUAAGAAAUAAGAAUCAAGUGUUUGCUUUGCAAGAGUUGAUAAA